UCAUGUCACGCCGAAAACAGAAGAGACCCCAACAUCUCGUCAACAACGAUCCAGGGGGGCCAAGGGUGCUCGCUCACGACGACCUCCUGUGCUUGAAGUCGCCAUCCACCUCUCUCGGGUCCGAAGUCACCUCUUCGGGGUCCUCUUCCUCUUCCUCCCCAAGCUCGCUCCAAGACUGCCAGCCGCCUUUGGCCCCACGCCCGUCCCCCGGCGGGCUACACGCGCCCUCCUUGCCCGACGAGAGCUCGCCCCCUCCCCACUGGCCCAACCACAUUGCGACCUUCGCUACCUCCCUACCAAACACUCACUCGUCCCUCUCUCCGGACUUUCCUCACCCGUCGCUGUCUUCCCAGACUCACUCGCCUCCCCCUCUGGGUCAGACCUCCGGCCGCCAAGUCCCGUCGUCGCAUUCCACCAUGGCCUCCCCGACGAUGGGCGUUUCUGCCACCACCACUACUUCCUCCUCUUCGUCCUCCCAGUGCGUGCCCGCUCCGUGUGGCGGCGGCGGCAGCGAUGACAGUCCGGCUCAGCACCGGGCUUCCAGCUUGCCCGGCCCCCAAGUUCUCCAGGUGCCCCCCACCCUCGCAGUACUGCUGGAGGAGCUUCGUGUCUUACAGCAGAGGCAAAUCCACCAGAUGCAGAUCACUGAGGAAAUUUGCAGGCACGUUUUGAAGCUCGGAGGCGCCGUCAUGGGGCAGGAUGCCAGCCCGCGAGUCAGCGGGGGCGAGAGCCACCAAAAAGCAGAGCCUUUGUCGCCGGCGCAACCCUCAACUGCCACGCCGGUCACCGCGGCCGCGGCAUCAUUGCUAAUGGGCCUUCCGUCACCCCUCUUUGCCCAUCCGCCUCUCUCCAAACAAGGCCCUCCGCACGUCAACGGCAGCAGAACACCGUCGUCCACGUCGUCUGCCGUGUCGAGCUCAUCCGUGGCCUCCCUUCAUCCGCUCUCUUUGUCUUUGGGGCUGCCGCCGCGCUCCUCGUCCAACGCCGCUUUAUUUGCUCACGGCAGCGGAAUGAGCUUCGCCGUCGGCAGCCAUUCCCAGGAGCUCCAAUCUGCAUCCUCCUCUCUGGGCUCCGCCUUGGCGUCGGGACGACCGCAGCACAUGUGCCGCUUUUGCGGCAAGGUCCUGAGCAGUGACUCGUCACUGCAGAUCCAUCUGAGGUCGCACACGGGCGAGAGACCGUACCAGUGUCCGGUGUGUCUGAGCCGCUUCACUACGCGAGGAAACCUCAAAGCUCAUUUCCUGCGCCACCGGGAGCAGAACCCAGAGCUUUCCCUCUCACUGCUGCCCCCUGCGCUCUCGGAUCAGACACCGAGCGUCUCGGCCUCUGGCGCCGUCCAGAGGAGGAGGAAGCGUCGAGCCGAUGACGACGAGUCGUUUCACGGAGUCAAAGGAAGUGUUCCCACCAGCGUGACGGAGAAUAUGGCUCUGGGGUUCCUGUCCGGCACGUCCCCACGACCCUCUUCCUCUCUACCCCUGCCGCCCUCGGUGGACAUGGCGCUGCUGUCCACAGCCCAUUCCCUGCUACAGUUGAAUCGGGCCUCAGCAGUCGCUGGCGCGCCGGGCUCCGUGCUGCCUUCUUCCACAUCGUCAUCCUUGUCCUCUUCCUCGCUAGCAAGUCAGUUUAAAGGAGUGAAGCAGCAGCGCUUUGACGAAAACACUCCUCCUCACACAGCCCUCCACACACCUGCCUCCUACUCCCAAGUGGCUCACCUCCCCAAGAUUCUCUUCCCGGGGGGUGCCUCCCCACACCACCUGGCCCUCCUGCGGCCUACGGGCCACCCGUCCGCCUCCCACCUCUCUUCGGCACAUCAGCUCCCCUUCCCUUUCCCACCGUUCCCCAAAGCAAGCACCUCUUCUCCUCCCUCCUCCUCCCCUAGCACCUUGGCUCAGACCUCAGACACCUCCAAACUGCAGCGUCUGGUACAGAAGCUUGAAAAGCAGCCGCAAGAAGGGGCCUCGUCUUCCUGCGCCCCCUCACCCACCCUGUUGGAGUCCAACACUAACGGUCACGAUCUGACCACCGCCUCCGGUGCCUAUCGCAGGGAAAUGUUAGCCACUCUCGGCCUCAGUCCCAACGCCAGCCAAGGGCCCCGAGGCGCCACCUCGCCCGCCACCGCAACUGCGACUUCACCUCUGACUGCCGCUCAGGCAGCCAAUCAGUGCGGUGUGUGCCUGCGGGUCCUCAGCUGUGCUCGAGCCCUGCGCUUGCAUCAGGCCACCCACCUGGGAGAGCGCCCCUUCCCUUGUAAGCUCUGCGGCCGCUUCUUCUCCACAAAGGGCAGCCUCAGGGCCCACCUGGCCACUCAUCGAGCCAGACCAGCGAACUCCCGGGCACUUAACUCCUGCCCGCUGUGCCCACGCAAGUUCACCAAUGCCUUAGUGCUUCAGCACCACAUCCGCCUUCACCUCGGAGGCCAAAUACCGCCCGAUGAAGACGCGAUGCAAACAGAAGAUGGCACAGAAACAGAGAAUACGGCAUUUGUUGAUGAUGUGGGGAGCGAUUCGGGUACCUCACCGUCACAGGCGCAACAGCUCCUCCCGCUGGCCCUUACAAGUGCAACCUGCAAAAAUUCCACUGGCAAAACAGUCACAGCUUGUAAUGUCAAGACAGAGCCAUCUGAGGAUUCCGCACCCAGCGUCAGCCCACCUCUGACCCAUAAUCCCCACUUGGCAGGAGCUGAGGACCCCCUGGAUCUGAGCGAUAACAACCUCCAUGAAGGUAGCCCCCUGAACGAUUCCCAACCUGACCUGGGAACCCCUGGCAAAGCCCCCUCAGACAACUCUGGUUCUGCCGCAGUGAAUGGCAGUGACGGCGCUCUCUCCUUGUGCAUUUCAAAGCUCGACACGCUCAACGAAACUGGCAACGGUGACGGCUACAAAUGCACCCUGGCUAGAAAUCCUUUGCGUGCGCUCAGCCCUCCAGCCAGCCCAGCAACCUGCAGCUCAGCAGCUGACGUUAGCGCCCCAGAAGCGUUCCAAAGUGAAGGCGAGAGAGACAACAACACAUUCACAGUCCCACAACCCCUGACAGCAGCAGAACCACAGGAGAGCUCAGAGAGCCCUGAGCCGCCUGUCGCAGCGUCAGGACCACGCUCCCAACAUCUCCGCUCGGACAAACCCUACAACUGCUCCCGGUGCGGAAAGACAUACGCCAGCCGCAGCGGCCUAAAGGGUCACAUGAAAACUCACCCCGUAGCUUUGGCCGCCUCCUCUCAGGCUCUAAGCAACAAGAGCGAUGCUGUCGAGGAUCCGAGCUCCAAGGAAGAGAAGAACGAAGGCCGCGCAGAUCCAGGAGCAAAGCAUUGCGAUGAGGCUGCCUGCUGA